GAUUUUGUUUGGAACAUCUUAGCUCCUUCUAGAUAUAAAUCUUUAGAGCGACUUCAAACGAGGGCCUUAAGAAUUAUUCCGAAGGAUAGUAAUCUUAGUCGCCAUCAACUGUUGUGCCAAUUAAGUUGGAAGUCCCUUAAGGCACGUUCUAAUAUGCACAAUUUAUCUUUUGUUUAGAAGAGUCUCCAUUACAUUGCUCCAGAUCUUUUCAAGAGUUAUUUUAUCAAGUCUUCAGAUGUUUAUUCCACUAGGCGUAAUGGAUUAGAUAUUUUAAUUCCUAAAGUCCGUACAGAAUCUGCCAAGACAGGAACAUUUUAUAGUGGAGCCCAGGCUUUCAAUGACUUGCCACCGCAUCUAAAGGAAGUUGACUCUCUAGCGAUUUUUAAAACACAGCUUAAUGAU